AUGGGAUUACCUGCACCUCGCAAAGAACUCCGCGCGCCUCGGCCGCCUUCACCCACAGAGGAGAGCGUUCCUCCGGUCGACGAGCUCCAAGAUCUUACCACGGCUGCCGAGCAGCAGGUACCACCCAAGCUCCGCAGGGUCAUUUCUGGCCAGGAAGCCCAGCCGGCGCCCUUUCCUCCUCCUACUCAGCUGUCUCAUGACGCGCCCACGCAAACGCCUGCGCCCAACCCUCGUCGCGUGAAACAACGAGAGCGUCGUCGCCCACCGCGCAAAAACAGCCGGCAUUGCAUGCACACGUGCGAUGACGCCAAUCAGACGUGCAAUCGGACUAUCUAUGGCAAAAACAAAAACUUCCUCACGCAUAUCGGCAGUCACUCCCAGAAGACGCACAGUGAGUGCCAUCCGGAUUGCCCGGGAUACCAAUAUCUUGGUGCUGUGGCGUGGGCUAAGAUCGAACAAAUGCCCCAUGGUUCGGCGUAG